CUGGGGUGGGGUGGGGGGAGCCGGUUCUGUUUAUUGUCCCAAGGCUUCUCCAGUGGUUUGGUUUGCAUUUUCGUGAGCACAGGCUGAAUACAGUGGGGAGUGGCUGCAGGGAGACCAGAGGCUCUGGAGGGAGCCUGCAGGGUCCAGACGAGGCACAGGACCGGAACUGCACAGCUGACAAACAGGCCACAGCCUGGUGUCCAUUUGAAAAUCUUGGGAGGACUCCUCAUAAAUGCAGGCAAGAAUAAGCACAGUGUUUCCACGGCCAGGCUGGAGAACCUGGACAUUUGUCACUCUGGGUUUCCUCCUCCUCUGGGAGGAGCUGGUCCUUACUGGAGAGGUUGGGAGUUUGCUGCUCCCAGCUGUGUCGUGUGUGUGUGUGUGUGUGUGUGUGUGUGUGUGUGUGUGUGUGUGUCUGGCAGGCAAGCCAGUGCUGUUGAUAUCCUUGAAGCUUUCCAGCUGGUUUGAUUUGCUACGGUCACUACACUUAGCUAAUUACCUUAAAAUUUGGAUUUCAUUUUUGGAUGGAGACCAACAGAAAAUGGAUUUUCCUCCAAUUUGAAAUAUUUGUGAGCUUUGACAUGAAAACAAAAAAGUACAAUUCCAAAAUUGCCGUGUACUGAGUCAGUAACACUCAGGGAUGUGUUGAAGCAGCAUCUCUCUCUGUUCUUGGAUUCCAGGACCUGCGUCAUGGAAACUCUCGAUGAAGCAAAUGGCACCUUUGCCAUUAGCCUUUUAAAGAUACUCUGUCAGGACAACCCUUCGCACAACGUGUUUUAUUCUCCCAUGAGCAUCUCCGCUGCCCUGGCCAUGGUCCUCCUGGGUGCAAAGGGAAACACUGCGGCCCAGAUGGCCCAGGUGCUUUCUUUAAACACAGAGAAAGACAUUCAUCAGGGUUUCCAGUCACUUCUCACCGAAGUGAACAAGCCUGGCACCCAGUACUUGCUUAGAACAGCCAACAGGCUCUUUGGAGAGAAGACUUGUAAAUUCCUUUCACCGUUUAAGGAAUCCUGUCUUCAGUUCUAUCACGCUGAAGUGAAGCAGCUUUCUUUUGUCAAGGCUGCAGAAGAGUCCAGGAGACACAUCAACACUUGGGUCUCAAAAAAGACUGAAGGUAAAAUUGAAGAGUUGUUGCCGGGUAACUCAAUUGAUGCACAGACCAGGCUGGUUCUUGUCAACGCCAUCUACUUCAAAGGAAGGUGGAACGAGCAGUUUGACAAGACAUGCACCAGGGAAAUGCCUUUUAAAAUAAACCAGGAGGAGCAGAGGCCGGUGCAGAUGAUGUUCCAGGAGGCCACGUUUAAGACGGCCCGCGUGAGCGAGGUGCGCGCGCAGGUGCUGGAGCUGCCCUACGCGGGCGGGGAGCUGAGCCUGCUGGUGCUGCUGCCCGACGACGGCGUGGAGCUGGGCUGGGUGGAAAAAAAUCUCACUUUUGAGAAAUUCACAGCCUGGACCAAGCCAGACGCAAUGGAGAGUACUGAAGUUGAAGUUUUCCUUCCAAAAUUUAAACUACAAGAGUAUUACAACAUGGAAUCUGUGCUUCAGCGCUUGGGAAUGGUAGAUGUCUUUCAACAGGGCAAGGCUGACUUGGCAAUGUCGGUGGAGAGAGACCUGUGUCUGUCUAAGUUUGUGCACAAGAGUUUCGUGGAGGUGAAUGAAGAAGGCACAGAGGCCGCGGCAGCCUCGGCCAUGCUGGUCGUAGAGUGUUGCAUGGAAUCCGGACCGCGGUUCUGCGCUGACCACCCCUUCCUUUUCUUCAUUCGCCACAACAAAGCCAACUGCCUUCUGUUCUGUGGCAGGUUCUCAUCUCCAUAAGGGGUGUGCACUCCAUAAGGGGCGCACUUGCUGUGCACACGAGGGCUUUCCUCUCUGAGUGUCCCCAGGUCCCCUCUACAGCUCCAUGAGGAUGGGCCUAGAAAGCUGAGUGCAAAUGUGAGGGCAGAGUCCUCACUGUCUGACUGCAUGCUCCACACUGCGUGUGCGCGGACUGCUCAUUUAUGCCUCUUCGCCAUGGUCUUGGAGUAAUAGAACAGACCUUACUGCACUCUAAGUGGCACGCAGGGUGGGACUAUAGAUAGUCUGUAUUUAGGAUGGAUCCCAAAUAGCAGAGGAUGACAUGCAAAGUUUUUCUAGAAUUCCACUUGCAAUUCAUUCCUGGUACCUCAAAACUUGUUGCAUACUUGUUUUAAACUGACUGUCUCAACAGCUACAGAUGCUGCUAGAUAGUACUACUAUUUUAUAGUUUUCCUGGUGCGUGGACUUUUAAAAAAAUUUCUUUAAUGCACAUUUAUAUUUUAUCUUUGUUUGACUUUUACCAAUCACCAAGUAUGCGCCAAACACUGCAUUAGGCACUUGGGGAUGCAAAGGGGAAAAAGUCAUGGUCUUUUGACACCUGGUCUUUAAUGUCUGUGUCCAACUUAUACAGCUUUUACAAUAACCAGAUUGGACUAGUUAAUGUCUUUAAACUUAUCCUUUCAGGGAUCACAACUUUCUUCAUGUUAUGGUAUUUCUCCACCUCUAACAGUGAAAAUUCCUUUCAAAUCUUAAAGCUCAUUUCACAUGCCUUAUUUAAGAAAUUUUUCAUUUUCUCCAUAACCAGAUGCACAUCUUUGAAUUCUCCUUGCCCACAGAGGGCCCUUCUCUCACGGCAGUAGCUUUAUUUAUUAAUUUUUCUGUGUACUUAGGAAAGUCCUCUCACGAGGCCAUAUGUUCACCAAGCGUUGGGACUACAUAGUCCCACUGUAUAUAGUCCCACUCUGUGUGCCACUUACAGCACAGUAAUAAGUAAGUUGAUCAGAUAUGAGCCAUGUUACUUUUUUUUAGUAAUUAAAUAUUACUGACUUUACUGUUUUUCUUUUUCAAAAUCUUUUUUAUUGAAGUGAAAUUCAUAUAACAUUAAAUUAACCAUUUUAAAGUAAACAGUUCCAUGACAUUUAGUAUGUUAACAAUGUUGUGCAGCCACCACCUUUGUCUAGUUCCAAAAAAUUUUUGAUCACCCCAAAAAGAAAGCCUGUACCCAUCAAGCAGUCACUCCCUGUUCCCCCCUCCCUCCAGCUCCAGUAAUCACCAGUCUGCUUCAUUGUCUCUGUGGACGUCCCGAUUGUGGGUAGUUCAUAUAAAUUGAAUCAUAUAUAA